GAAGGGAAAGGGAGAGACUUGAGAGAAUAGUUUGGUUUGUGUUUUUCUUUUAUUUGGAAUUUUAUUAUCAGUUGUAUAAUAAAAACCAAAAAAACAAAAAAUCCUAAAUUGUUUUCAGUGUUGCAACUUGCCAGCUGAUAGAGCUUUCGCCUUAUUUUCAUCACAAGUUCACAGAUUAUAACCAAGACGUCUUUGGAAAAAUUUCAAACAUCCUCAACCGCGAUUUCUCUUCAUCUUCCUUUUCUCUCCUCAGGUUUUUCUUCCCUUUUUUUUCAAUUAAUUGUUGCUAUUUUUAUUGUUUCAAGAUUAUGUUGAUUUACCUAUUAACAAUAAUUCCCAAACCCUAGAUUUUUUUGGGGUUUUUUUUGUUUGAAUGGAUUUGCAAUUGGUGAAUAAGGGUUUUGAAUUGACCCGUAGAAAGAAGAAAUGGGUUCUUCUUUUAGCAGCUUUUGGGGUAACUGGGUAUGGUGUAUAUAGGGUUUACAAUUUACCCUCUGUUGCUAGAAAAAGGAACAAAUUUGUUAAAUUAUGUAGUGCGUUAGUUUCAAUUAUUGAGGCUGUUUCUGAUUCUGCUGAGACUUUUGGGGUUGUUUCCAAAGAUUUAAGGGAGUUUCUACAAUCCGAUUCUGAUGAAAUCCCCAAUAGUUUGAAGCAAAUCUCGAAAAUAGCUCAAUCCAAAGAUUUCUCUGAUUCUGUUGUUAGGGUUACUGCUUCUUUGACCAGGGGGGUUUUCAGGGGUUACCAGGCUGAAAACUCAAUUGAUGAUGGUUCUGGGGUUGAUUCGAAUCCGGGUUUUUAUGACCGAUUUAUGGAUAAGCUAUUCACAGAUUCUGGCUCUGGUUUUGCUUCCGUGGUUGUUGGUAGUUUUGCUAGAAAUUUAGUGUUGGCAUUCUAUUCUAUUGAAGAGUCUGGUAAAGGAUCGAACGUAGAUGGUUCGGUUUCAAAGGAUGCCCCGUUGCCUAGAUGGGUUGAUGCAAUGUGUAGUAAUGGUUGCAGGGAUCUAAUUGGGGAAUGCAUACAGAAGUUUGUUAGCACUGCUGUCUCAGUUUAUCUUGACAAAACUUUGAGUAUUAACACCUAUGAUGAAUUGUUUGCUGGAUUAACUAAUCCAAAGCAUGAUAAUCAAGUCAAAGAUUUGUUAGUAUCGGUAUGCAAUAGUUCAAUUGAAACUUUGGUUAAGACGUCUCACCAAGUUCUAACAAGUUCAGAAUCUGGUGAAAAUUCAGGGUCUUCUGCUUCUGCUUUACCUCGCUUGGUUGUGACGCGUUCCAAUUCAGAUGUUGUGGUGUCCAAGACUUUAUGCUCGGUGAUUGAUGACGCGCAUAAUGUCAUCACUGUUAAACAAAGUGGGCAUAGAAGAGGAGGAGGGUUCUUGGAUUUAGGGGAAAAUAGGAAGUCUUCUAGUGGUAAUUGGAUGUCAACUGUGUCUUCCACCUUGGCCGUUCCAAGUAAUAGAAAGCUUGUUCUUGAUGUUACUGGGAGAGUCACAUUUGAAACUGUGAGAUCAUUCCUGGAAUUUUUGAUUGGAAGAUUGUUUUCCAGCGUGAAAAGAAGUGUCCGUGUUGUGAAUGAUGCUAUUGUCGAUACUAGUGUUCAAGUUGUGAGAUAUUUUACGGAAAAAUCUUGCCUUGUUGCUAGUAUAUGUCUCUCACUGUGCUUAUAUGUAUUGGGCGGCCGUUGUGAAUUGAUGCCUGCUUGAGUCAAGUAAGUCCCUUCCGUGUUAGCUAGUACUCCUUGUUCUUAUAGCAUAUGCCUCUGCGGUACUUUGUAUAGUUUUUUAUUUGGUUAAUUAGAUGAUUCCAUGUUCAUGAAUGUUAUUCUGUCCUCCAGUAUGCGCUAUGUAAUGACAUACCUUGAUGGAAACCUUGUUGUAAGUCUUGAUGCAUAUAUGAACUAUGAAUUCUCGAAAAUGUCUAGUACUUACCGUAAAGUUCCUGAAUAUCAUUUAUUUACUUUGAA